CUGUUAAAGUGGAAGGAGGCUGCUGGAUUUUUUUAUUGGAGACUUGGGAGUUUUUCCUUUAGACAGGGGUCAGCUGAAAGACAAAGAAAAAUGGCGAGGAGUUUGCAGGGAGAGCUGACUGAGUUUGGCCUUGGGAUGGAUGUUGCACUGUCUCUUCCUUGCAUGUCCUCAUGCCUUUGUCCUUUCUUCUGUGUGUUUCCCCCCCCCCCCCCCCUCUUUCCCGAGAGGGGGGAGGGCUGGUGAGAGUGAAGCUGAAGGGGAGAAAUGUAAGUGCUCUGCUGUGGCCUCAUGAAAUGGGAAUUGCCUGAACUGGUACCGGUUGCCCUGAUUUGAACAUGUCUGCUGAUGGAGGGUUCGGUGCAAACAGUGAUGCACAGCAGAGCUUGCAGUCCUUCUGGCCAAGGGUGAUGGAGGAUAUCCGAAACCUAACAGUGAAAGAUUUCCGUGUUCAGGAACUUCCAUUGGCUCGAAUCAAAAAAAUCAUGAAGCUUGAUGAAGAUGUUAAAAUGAUCAGCGCUGAAGCCCCAGUUCUGUUUGCCAAAGCUGCUCAGAUUUUUAUAACCGAGUUGACCCUGCGUGCCUGGAUUCACACAGAAGACAACAAAAGGAGGACAUUGCAGAGGAACGACAUUGCGAUGGCGAUCACAAAAUUUGACCAGUUCGAUUUCCUUAUUGACAUUGUUCCCAGGGACGAGCUAAAGCCUCCAAAACGGCAGGAAGAAGUUCGGCAAGCAGUGACCCCAGCAGAACCCAUCCAGUACUACUUUACUCUGGCCCAACAGCCAACAGCUGUGCAAGUCCAGGGGCAGGCAGCAGGCCAGCAGACUACAACUUCAACUACCCUUCAGCCUGGCCAGAUCAUUAUUGCCCAGCCGCAGCAGGGACAGAAUACACCCGUAACAAUGCAGGUGGGAGAAGGUCAGCAAGUGCAAAUUCUCCAGGCUCAACCACAAGGUCAGAACCAGCAAGGUCAGGGUGGAACAGGACAAACUAUGCAAGUUAUGCAGCAAAUAAUCACCAAUACCGGAGAGAUCCAGCAGAUUCCUGUGCAGCUUAACACGGGGCAGCUUCAGUACAUUCGUCUUGCUCAGCCAGUGUCUGGAACGCAGGUUGUGCAGGGACAGAUUCAGACCUUAACAGCCAAUGCGCAGCAGUUAACACAAGCAGAAGUGCAGCAAGGUCAACAGCAAUUCAGCCAGUUCACUGAUGGACAGCAAUUAUAUCAGAUCCAGCAAGUUACCAUGCCUGCUGGCCAGGAUAUCACACAGCCCUUGUUCAUCCAGUCGAGCGGUCAGGGAAAUGAUGGACAAGCUACACAGGUCACUGGAGACUGAUGGAAAGACCAGGGAAUGAAAGGGGCAAUGGGAUACUGAGCACAGGCAUUCACAAACACACGGAUAGACUGCUGCAUGCUUUGACUUCAGCACAUUAAGUGGAUAAGAGUCUGCAGUUUAUGCUCCAUUCGUAAUAAAUGGAACAUUUACUCCUACGGGAUAUUUGUGCACAUAGUAAGACCUGAAAAUCACUGUAGUGCUCAACAAGGAAGGUGGACAGUUGUACCCAGCAGCCCCGCAACAAAGAACUUGAGAAGCCCAAUGCACUUGUUUGCGUUGUGUAUUUUUUAGCAGUCGUCUUGUUCACACUGUACAAUAAACACACUUGAGCAACAAUUUCAAAAUGCCAUUGGGGUCCCACAUGGCAUCCCCCCCUGGAAGGGCUAGAGUGUUUAUCUCCCUCUGCUAAAAUAUAUUAACAGAAUAUGGCCUGCAUUUCGUUUGUACCUUUUUCCUAGUUUUUCCUUGUUUUUUGUCUUUUUCAAUUCUGCCUUUUUGUAAAGAUUUAAUGGAAGGAAGGGCAAUUUAUUAUAACCUUUUUGGCUUCCUAUUCUGUUCAUGUUUGUGAUUCAAAUUGGUCAAUGUGAACAGGUGUUUGAAUGUUAUAAAUGUAUAUAUUUUCAUUUUCUUUUUUUAUUUUAAGUAUUGUGCUAGUCUGCAUUGAAUGCAUGUGAAAUCUUUGCACUCCACAGCAAUAAAAUUUCUUUUUAGAUAUGUUUUAAUUCUUUUUAUGUCACCCAUUGACAUAAUUUUACAACAUGUGUAUAUAUGGAAAAAAAAUCUGCACAGAAAGGUGACUUUAAAUAUAGUGCUUAUCCUCGGCUUGUGGUCGAGACUGGAGAUAACUCAGACUACGGCAUAUCAGGAGUUCAGCAAGGUAACUGACAAAUCCAUUGCCCCCCCGGCGCCCUCUGUAACUGCCUUCUUAGUACUUAGCCAUGCUCCAGACACAGCCUCAGGAUACCUCUCUGUAUUUCUUAACUGACAUAAUACACUGCAGUACUUAUGCAUUGCAAUGUAUUAUACUAGCAAUCAAAGUGUACACCAAGAGGUUUUUUUUGUUAAUGUAGAAACAAAAAUGUAUACAAUGUUUGUUUCAUAAUAAAUAAAAAAAGGUAAACCUUU